GAGAGAGAGAGAGAGAGAGAGAGAGAGAGAGAGAGAGGGGUUUGAAGGUGAAUUGCAAUGGAGGGUACCAACCAGCAAUGCAUGAUUCUAAGGGUUUUAGUUCUGAUCCUCUCUUGCAAUAUUCUUAUAGCUUUCUCUGCCGCAACAGACACCAAACGUUUUUAUUUCAAUGUGGAGUGGAAACAAGUGACCCGACUGUGCCACACGAAGUCGCUUUUGACGGUGAACGGCAAAUACCCGGGGCCAACCAUCGCCGUCUACGAAGGCGACCACGUCGAAGUCAAAGUCACCAAUCGCAUCACCAAGAACACCACGAUCCACUGGCAUGGCAUAAGGCAGUACAGGACGGCCUGGGCGGAUGGACCGGCCUACAUAACCCAGUGCCCCAUAAAAGGAGGGCACACCUACACCUAUAAGUUCAGUGUGGCGGACCAAAGAGGCACCCUUCUAUGGCACGCCCAUUUCUCUUGGCAAAGAGCCUCCGUACAUGGUGCCUUCAUCAUCUACCCCCGCUUGCCCUACCCAUUCUCACCCAAGAUUGAAGCUGAAAUCCCCAUCAUUUUCGGUGAAUGGUGGAAUGCGGAUGUUGAUGCAGUGGAGGGUGAAAUGAUGUAUGGUGGUGGCCCUAAUUUCUCAGACGCUUACACCAUCAAUGGCCUUCCAGGUCCUCUCUAUCCUUGCUCUGCCAAAGAUACGUUCAUCCGGGCCGUGGAACCGGGCAAGACGUACCUGCUUCGGAUCAUCAACGCCGCACUCAAUCACGAGCUCUUCUUCGCAGUGGCCAACCACUCACUGAAGGUGGUCGAGAUCGACGCGGCCUACACGAAGCCCUUUUCAAUCCGGGCCAUAAUGAUUGCGCCGGGGCAGACCACGAAUGUCCUGCUCCGGACAAACCGAGCGCCGGACCCCUCAGGAAUGUUCCCAAUGGCAGCCGCUCCUUACCUCACCUCCGUUUUCCCCUUUGAUAAUUCCACAACACUGGGCUUUUUAAAAUACAAAGGCCCCAAUUCUAGUGGCAGAAGCAUCAAGCCUAGCGUCGUGGUCCCUAAUCUUCCUAAAAUGACCGACACAACCUUUGCGACAAAGUUCUCGGACAAGCUCAAGAGCCUUGCAACACCUCAAUACCCAUGUAAGGUCCCCAAGGCAAUCGAUAGGAGAGUGAUCACCACCAUCAGCCUCAACCUCCAAGAUUGUCCACCGAAUCGAACUUGCAAGGGCUAUGCCGGGAAGCGGUUCUUUGCAUCGAUGAACAACCAGUCCUUCGUCCGCCCGCUAAUGUCGAUCCUUGAGAGGCACUACAAGAACCUCACCGCGAGCAAGAUGCUAACCUCGACCUUCCCGGAGCGGCCCCCAAAGGCCUUCAAUUUCACCGGAGUCAACCCCCUCACGAAGAACAUGAAUACCGAGUUCGGAAGAAAGCUCCUGGUGGUGCCGUUCGGCACCAACUUGGAGGUUGUGCUCCAGGACACGAGCUUCCUUAGCCCCGAGAACCAUCCCAUCCACGUCCACGGUCACAACUUCUUCAUCAUGGGGCGGGGUUUCGGGAACUACGAUGCCAACGUCGAUCCCGCGGGCUAUAACCUCGUGGACCCGCCCGAGAGGAACACGGUGGCGGUCCCCGUCGGGGGAUGGGCCGCGAUCCGCCUGAAGGCUGAUAACCCGGGGGCUUGGUUCAUCCAUUGCCACCUUGAGGAGCACACUACAUGGGGCCUUGCCAUGGCCUUCAUUGUACCCAAUGGGCCUGGCCCUUCUCAAUGCUUGCUGCCUCCUCCUGAUGAUCUUCCCUUAUGUUGAGAUGAAGACAUUUAUCCAAGCAACACUCGCUAUCUUUUUCGGCCCUUUGCUCUGUUUUCCUUUGCUUUGUUGUGUAUUAGAUUUGUUAGGUUAGUGUCUGUGGAGAGGUUAUAAUGACGGCAAUAUAAUUUUAGCAAAGAAGGGUUGGU